UCAAAAUAUAUCAAAUAUGUGUAUCUUCUUCCCACAAAAUCCUUAAUAAGUUUCAAAAUUAACAGUAAUAUUGAAAAUGAAUGACCUAAAAGUAAAUGACAAAGUUUAUGUUUUAGGCAAAAACACAACCGGUAAAGUAGCUUUUAUAGGAAAUACCCAUUUCUCUGAUGGCAUAUGGAUUGGUGUUGCAUUGGAUGAUCCUAAAGGAAGAAAUAACGGUAGUUGCGAAGGAGUUAGUUAUUUUAAAUGCCCAAGAAACCAUGGAAUUUUCGUACGUUCGUGUCAGUUGGAAAGAGAGGAUCCACGACGACAAAGCGCAGAAGAUAACGAACCUUCAGAGAAGUCUGAUCCGAAAGUUCCAUAUCCCAAUUACCUUAGAAAUGCCUUAAGGUACAGGCAAAUUAAGAGACCCAGAUGGUUUUCGGAAAAGAAUUCGAUCCCAGAAAAGUUGCCAGAAAGAGAAAAUUCAUCCAAAAUGGAAUCAAAAACCAGUGAAAAAGUUAAUGCCCCAAAACAAAAGAAAGAAAGUAAAGUUAAUGAAAAUAUAAUUUUUCUGCAAAACAAACUUAAAAUUGCUGAAGAUAUGUUAGCUAUGAGUCUGAAAAGCCAAGACGAACUUGUAAAAACUGUAAAUAUUGUGGAAAAGAAAUUAGAGAAUACCCAAAAGCGAAUACUUAUGCUCAAAAAACAACUAAAGAAGGCGAAAAUGGAGUUAGCUGAACCAGGGAGGAUUAAGCACAAAAUUAAAUUGAGAUUCCAACAAUUAAUGGAAUUAGCUGAAAUAGCUAUCAUAGAAAAAGAAAUCGCAGAAGAGAAAUGUGAAUUACUUGAAACGAGACUCAAAACUGCGAAAGAAUCUUGCGAGGAAUUAAAACUCGAAUUGGAUAUUUGCAAGGAAGAAAUGCAGCUGCAAUGUUUUAACCAAGUACCAGCUGUGCAUUAUUUGAAGAGAAUAGAAAAUGAAAACAAAGUGUUGAAAGGUGCCUUAUUAAAACUCAAGGAAUUAUAUUUAUACAAGCAACAAAAAUUAUUCGAUGCUGAAUUUGCUGUGAAAGCUAGUUCGAAAAAAAUUACGAUUUUGGAAAGAGAUAAAAAAAAUCUUAAAGAAGAUAUUUCUACUUAUAAAAUGCAAAUAACAGAAUUAUGUGAAACAAUUGAUUGCUUGUCUAAUGCAGAAUAUCUAAUCUUUCAAAUAACUCAGAAAAAUAUAAAUGCAGAGCGGAAAAUUGAACAGCUCUAUACAGAAUUAAAUAUUGCUGAAGAACAGAUAGAUAUAAAUAAAGAAAUAGAAGAAAUCUUGCAUGAUAUGAUCACUGAGUACAAGAAGAAUCUAGAAGAAUCUCGAUCGAAAACAAAGAAAGCAGAAAAAGCAGUCCAGAUUUUAAGUCAUCUUCUUCAUGACCGUGAUUCAACAAUUGCUAAAUAUCGUGACCUUACCAGUAAUCUUCAACACAGUAACCAUAACAUGGCCCAUGAAAUCAAUAAACUUUUAGAGGAAAGAAAGGCAAAUGCUAUAGAAGCUGAAACCCUAAAAAUGAAAACUGAUAGAGAGAAGAAGGAACGCUUGAGAGAUCUCAUACAAAAAGCAAGGAUACGGGUCGAGUUAGAAGUAGCUAAUCAGAGAAUUACUUAUUUGUCUAAUUUCCUUCCAAAUAGUCGUUUUGAAGAAAAAAGGAACUCUUAUGUUCUUGAAGUGAUUCUACUUCUCUCAAAAGUGAUGAAAAAAAUUAACAUUCUUUAUGAUCAUCUUAAUUCUAAAUAUUUUAUAUUCGGAAGUUGUUUAAAAAAGUCUGACACACAAACCGUAAUAUUUGUAACAAAAUUCUUGCUUAAACUUUCCGAAUUACGAAAUUUGCUUCGGCUGUAUUCUACCCACUUAGAUCAUGCCCAUCCAGAACUUUCCUUACCACCAAGCAAACAUUACCAAGCUCUGAUUGAAAUAGACAAGGAAAUAGACGGAUACCUGGAAUCAUUAUCUAAAAAUGAAAUCGAUCGGAAAGAAAAUUUGCUUUCUUUGCAAAAAGAAUUCGAUUCACUUUGGAAAGUUUUAGACACAAGAGUGUCUUGCAUCCCUAACGAGGACAUCCACAAGAGAUUGUACUAUUCAGAAAUUAUACCCAUUAUUAGUAAAUGCAUUUGUGCCCAUUGUACAACUAUUGAAACAUCGCCAAGUGAAACAGAUUUAUUUGAGAAAGAUAAUUUUAUCUGCAUCAGAAAUCAUGCUCUGAAACUGAUCAGAUAUGCUAAUUGCUUACAAAAUUACAUUCAGCUUUGUGCAGAGAAAAAGCAAACUACUUUGCAUUUGGAUAGUAGUAGCCGGUUAAGACUUAAUAUAGAAAAAAUGACAGAAAUAAUGGAAUAUUUGAUAGAAUUUCAUAACAACAUUAAGCAUAAAGAAAUAGAAAACACCGAAGAAGCUCGAAAUGAAAUAGAAUUUAAACUGAGAUUAUUGAAUGAUGAAAUGAAAACGACGGUUUCUAAUUUAGAAUUUCUUUGCAACUCCGUGAAAGAUGGCGAUGAUUUAAUCGAACUUACCCUCGAACCCAAUUACUUGCCAUCCUUAGUUUCGUUAGCUCAAAAUAUAAAGCGGAAGAAUGGAAAUGUGAUGAGGAAGCUUCAACUAGAGCUUGUGGCUUCUGAGAGGACGUGCAUGGAACUGUCAAAAGCCUUAGAAGACGCUAAAAAAAACCAGAAUGUCGGCGCUGUACAAAAGGAAAUUGAUCAUAAAGCCAUGCAAACGAUUCCCGAAACUGAAGCGAAAAGCCCUGCAAAUGCAUUACCAGCGGAACACCUUCUCAAACUGAAGUUGGCAGACAUGUUAAGCACCAUAAGAUAUCUUAGCUACAGAAAUUUCCAGAUGCAAAUGGAAAGAAUUAAGAAUCAGAUUUCUGUUCUUCCUCCUCUUAAGCUGCCACCCAAAAGAAGUUACCACCCAGGAAUUCAUUCUUUGCUGGUUUUGCAAAAUAAACUGAAAAGCAUAUCGAGAAAAGUGACGAAAUUUCUCCUUCCUGUAGUGAUAGAUAUCAGCAAAAGAAGAAAAUCAAAAGAAAAAUCUGUAAAAUGUUAUUUCAUUCAACGGGCCAUGGACCGGAAGGAAAUAGAUGAUAGUUUAUCAAGCUUGAGAACGGAAAUAAUCGAUUUCCGAAAUUCUUGUAAAUAUUCAAUAAAUCGUAAAGUUAAAUUUAGCGAAACCUGAUAAGAAAUUUUGUUGAAAACUUGACUUAAUAAUUAUAAUUCCAUAACAAUUUAAAUGAGACUACAUUACAAGUGCGUAAUUUCAAUAUGGAAGUUCAUUUUCUUGUAGAUUUCUAUGAAUUGAUUCGAUUAUCGUUUAUAGCAUAUUGCAUCUAAACACAACAAAUAUUAUCAAUCUUAAGAAGAAGUAUAAAAGCUAUUGCAAGAAGAAUUGUUACGAGAUGCUUGAAAAGUGCUUUUGAAAUUUUGCAGAAGUUAUAAAUAGCUAAAAGGAUAAACAAUUUCCUAAACAUUUGUGAAGAUUUAUGUACAUGUACUAAUUAGAAUAUAUUAUCGUUCAUUCCUCAUAAUGUACGUUAUUCAUUAACCUAUUCUUUAAUAAAUAAUUUCAAGACAUAGAGGAUAAUCACAUUCAAUUCAAAAUAUUUGAAUCUAGUACAGGGUAUUAAAACAUGUGUUUCAUUUAAAAAUUGUUAAAAUUCUUUUAAUAUGUCAAUCUCACUACUCUUCAGUACUGCUUACUACCUGAGAAAAUAAAGUUACGUUUUUAUAGAGAAAUACUUGUUAGAAGACACAGUGAUAAUCUCGGCUAAUGCAUUUUGUUAAUAAUGGU